AUGAAGAGGGAACUUUGCACCUUGGUGUUUUGGAAGGCGACAUUUGCUGAAUUCCUUGCUACCCUCAUAUUUGUAUUUUUCGGACUGGGUUCUGCUCUGAAAUGGCCCGCUGCCCUUCCAACAGUCCUUCAGAUUUCACUAGCCUUUGGCUUGGUCAUAGGGACACUGGUCCAGUCAGUAGGACAUAUUAGUGGUGCUCAUAUCAAUCCAGCAGUCACUAUAUCUUUCCUGGUUGGGUCUCAGAUUUCCAUUAUCAGAGCAUUUUUCUACAUUAUUGCUCAGCUUGUGGGAGGUCUGGCUGGAGCUGGAAUACUUUAUGGUGUGGUACCACAACAUGUCAGAGGGAACCUUGCUAGCAAUACGCUUAGUAACAAUACAACGCCUGGAAUCGCAUUUGUCGUAGAAGUGAUACUCACCUUUCAGCUGGUUACGUGCAUUUUCGCAUCAACAGACAGCCGUAGGAGUGAUAACGUUGGUUCUCCAGCAUUAUCUAUUGGAUUUGCAGUAACUCUAGGACAUCUAGUAGGGAUCUACUUCACCGGCUGCUCAAUGAAUCCUGCGCGAUCAUUUGCACCGGCUGUUGUUGUGAGACUCUUUGCCAACCACUGGGUCUUCUGGAUUGGACCAUUAGUCGGUGGUAUACUGGCAUCCCUGAUCUACAAUUACAUUCUUUUUCCAUCUACUAAGACUCGUUCACAAAAGUUGGCCAUCCUCGCAGGAACCUAUGUCGAAGAAGAAAGCUGGAGCGAGCAGCUAGAUAACCGCUAAAGGCGCUCUCUGGAAUGUCCCGACCAUGUAAAUAACCCGUUUUCAUUGCAGCAUGGUUCAUCUUAGAAAAAUAUUCACAGAAAUGUAUUUGAACUGGUAAA